AAACAAAAUAAAUUUUUUGUUCUUCCAUUCCAUUCUAUUCCGUAAUUAUAGAAAACGUGAACACGUUUUUCUGUGUAGUGACUGAAACUUGCGAUGAUUAUAAGUUAGAUAUUUACAUGCGACACACUUAGGUAAUACUUACCUAUAAGACAGAUAUUAUACGCCUUGAUUUGAUUUAAUUGUUCUUGAAUGUUGCAAGAAACUACUGCAUAAGUCUAAGUCAAUAAAAAUUAAGUUUUAGAUUACAUAAUGGGUAGUCCUAGCUGUAAAUGUGACAUGGAAGGUGUGCUUGUUGGCAUUGGGAACCCACUGCUAGAUAUUUCGGCCAUUGUUGAUGAGGAAUUGCUGAAGAAAUAUGAUUUGCAUCCUGAUGAUGCUAUAAUGGCAGAACAAAAACACAUGCCCUUGUACAAAGAACUGACAGAGAAGUAUGAUUUUUAUGUAUAAAAUUUUUACUUAUAAGCAUGCACAGGAGGUGACAAAAUUUAUAAAAAAUGUUUAUGGUAGUAGCUUUUAAGUAAGAUUGCCUAUAAAAUUAUUUACAAAAAUGUAAACAAUUUGUAUGGUGUAUAAUAUAUUCAUUUAUUAUUGAGGAAAGUUGAUCAGCCUCAAUCAGGCAGAAAUAGUAUUUUUAAUUUUUUUAUGACUAAUGUGGCGUUAAAUAAUCCAUCAUCCCAUUUUAUCCCAUAGAUGUCUUAAGAGUUGACUAUGGGGAUUCUAGAAAGAUCUCAUGGUUUCCAAUAGAUUUUUUUAUAGGAUAGGGUGACAAACAAGUACACAGUCAACCUGAUGGUAAGUGGUUGCUGUGACCCAUAGUCAUCCACAUCUAUCCUCAAAAAAAAUCAAAAUACAGAUGGCGUGCCUCUUUUCCAGUAAAAAGGGUUUCCGGUACUCUACACUCACCAUACGAAAGAGCAGUGUUAAGCUGCUAUUUUACGCUGGUAUUCUGUGAGAGUGUGGUCAUUCCCCGGUCGAGCCAACCCAUUCAUGCUACAACUAUGGCUCUACCACAUAUAAAGAGAUGGUGGUAAAACUGUCUCUGUUAUAUCUAUUACUCAGACUAGCAAUGGGGAACAUCAUCAAUGGUGUGAGACAUCUUGUAUUGUGAUUAAUAACCUGCCAGUUAAGCUUGGCGAUUAAGACAAACCCUUCUUACAAAUUCCAUGAUGAACUCUUACAAACUGUUUGAGAAGAUGUCCAUUUUGAUAAUUCCAAACUGCUCAUUAAAAUAUGGCCUACUGUAUACAGUGACAGACAGUGUAGUGACAGGUAGCGUAAGAGAUUCCACUACCCCAAAGUGACAGAUGGAAACCAUAACAGGAGCUGGGCAGCAGCAUAUUUAACUCAAAAUGAUAAAAAAACUGCAGCUGCUAAUCUGCCUGUUGGCAUGGUAACUAAGGCAAAUAUCACCCUAUAAUACCUUAUAUGUAUGGGCAAGUCUGUGUUCAGCAGUGGUCUUUGAUUGGCUGGAUUAAUGAUGAUGAUGGCCAGUUGAUAUAGAUGAUGAUAAUUAUGUUAUAUCUGGACUAAGUAUUCACAAGUCAAUGCUAUUGAGUUAUGUUCAUGGGAGCAAUAAUUAUAUUUGUUAAAUUGUCACUUUUAACUUUGCAUGCUUGAAUGCAAAUUUAAAAGUGACAAAUUACUGCCCAAUGCAAAUUCAUUGGCGGGGUGAGGAUGGAACCUGGGUUACUUGCGUACUGUGAAAUUUACAGUGAGCACUUACAAGCUUAAGAGCUUAUCACGGCUAAUACAUCUUGUAAUAAUAAUCCUAUAUAAUUGUUGGUCGCAAAUAUAUAACCAACAUAUAUAUAUUCUAUGAAAGAUAUAAUAGAUUUUUUAUAUACCUACUUAAUUUGGAGUUGUUUCAUUUCUGAAAUUAUUUUUUCUGUUGUUAAUAAUAAAUUGGCUAGGUGUAAGUAGAAUAAGGAUAGUAUAAGGAUUGACAUCAUCAGUGAUCAUCUAUCAGUCUAUCAAUUAAUGUUAAAAAUAGUCCCACAGCUCCAAUAUAUAGAUUAACUGAAAACAAAUGGAGUAGAUAGGUUUUUAAGUAUAAAGCGGCCUCCUAAUAAAUGGAGUCCCCAAAACCUGCUAAAACAUGCAAUAAGUCAAUGGAUCCAGGUGAUUUAAGAGCAUGCCUUGUGGUAAUCCUUGGGGAGGCCAAUAUUCGGCAGUGGACUUAUGGUGGACUGUAAUGAUCAAUGAUGAUAAUACUAUAGUACAGAAAAACACAAAGUAUUUGCUUAAAAUUUCUGAAAUUGUUCCCUGCCUAUUCAUUUAUUAUAACUGUUGUUGUACCAUCACAAAUCUAUUACUAAAUAUAGUCUUCUCGGAAUUCACAAGUCUAUUGCUGAAUAUAGGCAAUCUAUUAAAGAGCACCUUGCUAAAGGAUAUGAUUCAGUUUUAUCUAUCAACACACUGCAUGCUUUAUCAGGUCGUCACACCAUGUAUGGUGGGGUGGCGAAACAGGGGAGACACUUGCUGCGCUUACUUAGGCUUACUUAACUUUGAGUUAAAUGGCCAUUCAUUGCCUCUUCAAUUUAUGUUGGAUAUUUUAGUUCUGAUGCUGGUAUCCUAGAAACAAAUUCGGUAACAUUGUGUAUGUUAAUAAAAACCCAUUAAUUUCAGCUAUAACGCGGAAUUUAUAGCUGGUGGCAGUGUACAGAAUUCUCUUCGUGUGGCGCAAUGGAUUCUUAAAAAACCCAAAGUCUGUACAUAUUUUGGUUGCGUGGGGAAUGAUAAAUUUGCACAGAUACUCAAGGAAAGAGCAGAGUAAGUAAAUUUAUAUUCAGCCCCUGCCUGCCUUUAGCUUAAUCUAUAGAAUUAAUUGUUAAUGUCCUUCAAAUAGAAUUUUGGUCACGAUGGCCAGUUUCAAUAAAGCAUCUGCUGCACAGGACAGUAUUAUAGUAAACGAAUGUCUACGCAAGUACAGGCGCACUUUCACAUAACAAUAGAUGAGAUGAAACAAUUAUUUAUGUCUUCUGGACAGAAUUUUGAUCACAGCGACCAAUCUCAAUGGAGAUAUGCCGCCUGCAUAGGAAAAGAUUAUAGGGCAUGAAUGUAUGCGCAAGCACUGAUAGCCCGAUGAAUCAACAAUCCGACACUACUGUAAAGAGAUUGGGCGCAGGAGCAGUGACUUUUUCCACAUAUUAUAUAAAUAUCUAUACAAAUAAAUAAAAUUAAAGUGUCUGCUUGUAAUGUCUAAAUAACAGAUUUUUACUAAUUGCAUAUAAAAGUAUAUACGGUACCUAUAACAGAAACACAAUUUUUAAAAUUUUUGUCUGUCUGUCCAUCUGUCUGUCUAUUUGUUCCGGCUAAUUUCCGAAACGGCUGGACCGAUUUUAACGGGACUUUCACUGGUAGAUAACUCAUGUUAUAAGGAGUAACUUAGGCUACUUAUAUUUUUGAAAAAUAAUUAGGGUUCCACGCAACAAAAUUAAAACCCUAAAUUACACGGGGCCGAAGUCGCGAGGAACAGUUAGUUAUAUUAUAAACCAAUGCUUGACUAUAUUCUCAACUUCCUGUCACCGUGCUGCUAAUAAGAAUUUCUUGAAAGAAAAACCCUUAUAGCUAAUUGUUUGUCUCGAAUCGUGAUUCGAACCCAAGACUACAUGAACAGUAGUUAAGCUACCACUAAACUAAAGAGUCAUUCAUAAGGUAAUGAGAGACAGCUUUUACACAAUCAUUCACUUUCGACAUAUGACAGUGUGUCAUACUGUAUAAGUCUAUAUUAUUACAUCAUAAACCAAGUGAUAUACAAUCAACAUACUAUGAUGUAAGUGAUAGUAAGCAACUGAAAUAAGAGCAAAUAUGAUAAGAGCCAUGUCAAGCAAUGAGGUGAUCUUCAUGAUAACAUUAGCCGUUAUCUCUGUGCGUGAGAAGAAUUUGCUUCUUUACACUUACAUUAUGUCUAAUGGAUAUAAACUGAGUCUUUAUUUUUAACAAGAUACUUUUUACUAAUCAAAGAGAAGUAUUUAUAUGUUUGUAAUCCUGUCCUCGAAAACGGCUCCAACGAUUUAAAUCAAAUCUAUGAUAUAGGCGUUUAGGUGCGAAAAAUCGAUAAAACUAGAUCUAAUUUCUGGGAAAAUCCGUUUUCCCCACGUUUAACACAACAAACUUACGCAAUAUGAUGGAUAAUUUUGCCUAUUUUGUUAAUUUUGCUUUGGUAGGUCUAGCAUGCCGGAGUGUGCGAGUUUGAAUCCUACAAUGUGAUUAGAUAUUUUUGAUUUUUUAGUUUUCAAGCCCAAACAGUACUUAGAUAAUGUUUUACUUACAAGUUUUUCUAGAUAUAUUAUUUAAUUUUUUUUUCUAACGCCGGCCAAAACUCGAUCCCCUAGACCUAGAUACUUAUUAAUGAGAGUAGCUGCUACCAGCCGCCUCGCACGGCGUAAACUAAAUUUUAGUAAUAAUAACAAUUAUUAUUAUAGAAAGUAUUUUUAGUCUUACUCCACGAAAUGAUUAAUUAGAAAACGAUUUCAAUUGCAAAAUUUCAUUAGAAUCCUUUCGACGUACGAUUAAUGGACACACAUACUUUCAAAUUUUAUAAUAUUAAAUAAAAUAAGGGUUUAUGAAACCAUUGCCUUUAUGAAAUCUAUUUCGACAAAAUUGUCCGUAAUCAAAGUUAUUUGUUCAAUUUAUCAUAAAUCAAUCAUCGAAACGGCCCGGCCAUGUGCUCAAUUAAUUUAGUCAAUGCUUCAGUCAAUCGAUAGUUGUGAAUACGAAGUCUAAUAUUUGUUCUAAUCUUUAUUUAGAACGUCAGAAAUGAAUUAAAAAAUCUUCUUUAAUUGAUUCUAUUAGUGUGCCAAAAUUCGGCAGUUUUAUUUCAAAAUCAGACUACUUUUAAAAAUUUAGUCCCGAUUACAAUUUGUAAUUAUUACCCGGUAUCCGGUGGCGGGUAAAAAUACUCACUACCCCAUAUCUUCCCGUGGGUGUCCUAAGAGGCGACAGAGGGAAACUGAGGCAGAGGAUGGGUAGCAGCAUCUUUCUGAUAACAGCAAAACAACAAUAAAAUACCGGCCAAGUGCGCGUUGAACUCGCGCACCGAGGGUUCCGAACAAAUCCGUAGGUAUAUAACUUUAAAAUUAUUAAAAAUAUUUUAUUAUAUGAUGUAACUAAAAAUUUAUGCUUUUCGCAAUUUUUCUUUUAUCGUACCAAAUUUUAAGAUUCUGAGUUCACGGGAAGUACCCUGUGCCGGUGUUGAGCUGAUUAAAUAUAUCUUUAAUGCAUGGGAGAAUUCGCAGGAUAAAAGUUGCAGCUUAUUUACGUCCCACUGGUGGGCACAGGCCUCCUCUCAUUUCUGAGAGGGUUUUAGGGCAAGGAAAUGUCCGCCGCGCUGCCCCAAUGCGUGUUGGCGAACUUCACAUGUCUUCGAAAUAUUUUUCUUUCUUAUUUCUCAGACAUGCAGGUUUCCUCACGAUGUUUUCCUUCACCGCCGAGCACGUGGUGAAUCAGCACUUAAAACUGCAAUUAACAAUUUCAUUGGUGCCGGCGGGGAUCGAACACGGGUUGCUAGAGUACUGUGAAGCUUACAGCGAGCGCUAACCAUCUGAGCUACCACGGCUCUUCACAGGAUGCUUUGGGUAUAUUCUGUGUCUGUAUAUGUCUGUCAAGCCAACCCCGCCUGAACGUAGCGCACCUGCUGGACAACGGAAAGGGCUCUGGCGAUGCCACUCCUUUGGGAUUCGUCCUAGGGGUUCGGGGGUCAGACGGCAGUCGCCCCGGUAAUUGGCACUAAGCCACUC